GCGAAAUGGCGAUCGGAAAGCAUAUCUAUCUCAUCAUCUUCGGGGUUUCUUCUUUUUGGAAACGGAGACUGUGAGAGAGCGAUCCCGAGCAGCGACGAUUGCGGGUACAAUGAGCACUGCCGGCUUCCGGUACACAUGAGCAGCGACGAACAUUGCCACGCACUCGGAACCAUCGAAGCAGGUCAUGCGACAAUUUCCCACGUAUAGGUGUAGAUUUUAAAGGAUAAAGGAGAGGGUGCCUUAACACCAAUAUAUGGAUUCUAGCUGUAUCAGGUGUAUGACAAAUUCCUAUGUAAGUCUCUAUUGAACAAAACAUAUUGAGUCUGAUUUCAUCCCUACCACCGGCCAUUCAAAGUCAGGCAUCUUAAAAAUUAAAGAACCUCAGCCAUGGAAGCUGGGGCAAUUCCAAGAACGCAACCAUUGUUGCUCCUGAUUAUCCCAUCAACCCCGACCAAAAAUAACUUCCCAAUUUCACUUCCCAAUUAUUCUUCAUCUUCAAUCUUCACUCUUUCUGCAACCCCGAGAGGUUUUGGCUAUGUCGCCUCCAAAAAGAGAACCAAAAAGUCCUCCAAAAAGAAACUGCCCUUCAGAGACGAAGACGAAGACGAAAAUGAAGAUGAUUAUGAACAGGGGGUGGUUCCGGAGAUGGUGACGAAUCGGAUGAUUAGGAGGAUGGGGUUCACGGUGGGGAUCCCUUUGACGGUAGGGCUGCUCUUCUUCCCUUUCUUUUACUAUCUUAAGGUUGGUGCUAAGGUUGAUGUGCCCAAUUGGGUCCCCUUCAUUGUCUCAUUCAUAUUCUUUGGGACUGCCCUCUUGGGGGUCACCUAUGGGAUUGUGUCCUCCAGCUGGGAUCCUCUCAGGGAGGGAUCUCUUUUGGGCUGGAAUGAAGCCCAGAGGAAUUGGCCUGUUUUCUUGCAAUCUUUUUGGACCGGUGGAUCCAAAAAACAAUAGUGUGUUUGAUGAUGAUGAUGAUGAUAAUAAUAAUUCAAUCUCACUCUUAUGUUGAGACCGUUUACUCAAGUUGAUUGUAAUUUGCCGUUUGCUGCUAAGCUAGUUAUUGACAAUAAUAUAUAGAUUUUGUGUGUUUGCUUGCCUUGCAAUCUAAAGUUACUUGUAACAAUAUUUAUUGGGAAAAGUUCCAUCGACACGAAUAAGGCUUUGUUAUUGUU